AUGUCGACUAGCUCUACCAACGGAAUCAUCGGUGAGUACUCAGGCGAUGAUUUCACCGUCAAAGUCACCUUUACCGUCUUUCUUGGAAUUGCCCUAUACAACUCCAUCGAACUCCUGGUACUCAUCUUCGCCUCCUUCCGACGCUACCAGGGCCUCUACUUCUGGAGCUUACUGCUCGCUACCGUAUUCGGCGUGAUACCACAGUCUGUGAGCUUCCUGCUCAAGUACUUUGGUAUCGGUCCACUAUGGCUCUCCAUCACCCUCUCAACCAUCGGAUGGUACUUCAUGGUCACGGGCCAAGCGCUUGUGCUAUUCUCGCGUCUCAAUAUCGUCGUGCAGGAUCUCACAAUUAGCCAUCGCGUUCGCGCGAUGAUCAUCAUCGAUGCGAUCGUGCUGCACGUCCCCACAACCGUCCUCACCUAUGGAUCGAACUUCGUGCGCACGGCCGUGUGGGUCCACGCCUACAAAAUCAUGGAGCGCAUCGAGCUUACGGGCUUCUCCCUUCAGGAAUUCAUCAUCUCCGGUCUCUACAUCUACAAAGCGAUCCAGAUCCUCCGCAUGUCUCCUCCGAGUACCUCGGGUCACAACCCGAAUCGCAAGAUCAUGUACCAGCUUCUCGCUAUCAAUGCCCUUAUCAUCGUCAUGGAUGUGAUUCUGUUGGUGUUGCAAUAUCUCAACUACUUCGUCAUUCAGACUACGCUCAAAUCAAUGGUGUACAGCAUCAAGCUGAAGCUGGAGUUUGGAGUUUUGAGUCGUCUUGUCUUUAUGGUGCAGUCGCAUCGUUGGCCGCCCGGGCCAAGUGACUCCCCGCAGCUCUUUUCUCGUCCGGCUACGACAGGAGAGCAAUUGGAUUAUCAUGAAUUUCUUGAUGUUCCGGGUAGCAGUACGCUUCACCAACCUGCUACGAAUUACUGCAAAGCAGCUUCUUUUCGACACCAGGAGGUGGCCUGA